GUUAUGACCCCUAAAGAAGAAGGCUGCCAUAUUGCAGUGAUACAGCGAGUUUACUGGAGGAGAUCUUGAACACCGUUGGCUUUCUGUGAUAAAAUGCUUUCCUCUCACGCUUUUGGAGACCCCGGGAAGAUGAAGGACUAUCAUUAUACCGGUCCAGUAGAGCAGCGGUUCUCACCCUACGCAUUCAACGGAGGAACCGUACUAGCGGUUGCCGGGGAAGACUUUGCCAUCGUAGCCUCAGAUACCAGACUGAGUGAAGGCUAUUCAAUCCACAGCCGGGACUCUCCAAAAUGCUACAAGCUGACAGACACGACCGUCAUUGGCUGCAGCGGUUUCCAUGGCGACUGCCUGACUCUGACUAAAAUCAUUGAUGCUAGACUAAAGAUGUACAAACAUUCGAACAAUAAGAUGAUGACCAGCGGAGCCAUCGCAGCCAUGUUGUCCACCAUCCUGUAUGGCAGAAGGUUUUUCCCCUACUAUGUCUACAACAUCAUCGGAGGACUGGAUGAAGAGGGCAAAGGAGCAGUGUACAGUUUUGACCCAGUGGGCUCCUACCAGAGAGACACAUACAAGGCCGGCGGAUCAGCAAGUGCCAUGCUACAACCACUGCUAGACAACCAGAUUGGUUUCAAGAACAUGGAGGGUGUGCAGCAUGUUCCUCUGACUCAGGACAAGGCGGUUCAGCUGGUGAAAGACGUCUUCAUCUCGGCUGCAGAGAGAGAUGUCUACACUGGAGAUGCCCUUCGGGUCUGUGUCAUCACCAAGGAAGGCAUCAAAGAGCAGACCGUACCACUGAGAAAGGACUGAGGAGGGAAAUGUUCCCCUUUUUCUGCUUUCCUCUUUGGUCUCUUCUUUCCAUAUUCACCCUGUUGGUUUGGCCUCAUAACAUGAAGUUUCUUAAAAUAGGAGUGUUGAUCCAGAAGUUGCUGCUAGUAGCUUCUAAAGUCGGGCUUUAACUGUGGAGCACAUUUUCCCUUUUUUUUUAUUUUUUAUUAUAUAUAUCAGUUCAAAUUAAUUCCAAAUUGAUGCUAUUCUCUUGCUUUCCACACUUAUUCCCUUCAACUUUUGACAUUAUUACAUCUAUGUUCCUGUCUGUUGGCAACCUCACUCGAGAUCGACACUCCUGUUCUGAGAAUUAAGUUCUUCACUCACCCUUGCCCAGACUCUGUUUGGUUUUUUGAUUAUGCUUUACAAGGAUAUGUACUCUGUUAUUUUUACAUUCUUAAUAAAUGUAAAGAACUGAA